AUGUACAAGAACAGUUUUCCGUUUAAACUGAUGCAGCUAAUCAACCUGGAGCGAUUGAUGUUGGCAGCCGCACUGAACAUGAACAAAGCGCCCGAGUCCUACGACAGUUACGCAUUCAACCUGCCGGACAAGUUCAAACUCGUGGCCCAGGACGAACUGCGUGAGGAAGAUGAUAUCCGGGAAAAUGCCUUGAAACAGGUUCGCGAAUGGAUCGCCAAACAUCCGCUGAUCAAAAAGUGCCGAACGGAUGCCCCAUUUCUGCUGCGGUUCCUGCGAACAAAGAAGUUCUCCAUUCCGGCAGCCACCGAAAUGCUGGAAAAGUAUCUUUCCAUUCGACAGAUCUAUCCCAACUGGUUCCACAAGCUGGACAUAAACGAUGCCGAUCUGGAAGCGAUUAUCGAUUCCGGUUAUCUGUUUGCCUUGCCGGAACGCGACGAACGAGGACGCAAAAUUGUAUUCUCCAGUGCGGGAAAGUUCGACACCAACCGAUUCACGGCGGCCCAAUUGAUUCGUAUCCACUCGAUAGUGGUCGAGGCUCUGCUCGAUGAGGAGGAAUCCCAAAUCGCUGGUUAUGUUCACGUGAUUGACGACUCCGAGCUGUCAAUGGGUUUCCUUGGAAUUUGGUCAUUUGCGGAUAUUAAAAAUCUUGCUCACUGUGUCCAAAAUUCGUUGCCGAUGCGCCAGAAAGAAAACCACUUCGUCAGUUUGCCCCCAUUUGCCAACAAAUUGUCGGAAUUUAUCCUGUCGGUGCUGAGUGACAAGCUGAAGAAUCGUGUAUUUGUACACAAAAACAUGGAUGAAUUGAAAACCAAGAUCAACCCGAAGCUACUGCCCAAAGAAUAUGGCGGCACCGUUCCGAUGGCCGAUUGCAUUGCUCAGUUCAAGGAACUGCUCAAAUCGAAACGCGAUCAGCUAGUGGCACUUGACGAAAUGCAGAUCGAAAUCAACAAAAAUUCACCCUACUGGGCAGAUAGCACCGACGCAGAUAUAGCCGCCGGCGUAAUCGGAAGCUUCCGAAAGCUGGAAGUUGAUUAG